AAAGAAAAAACAAAACAAUAAAAUCCCAUUUCCCUUGAUAUCUUUCUUCUUCUAGUUCAUUCUUGUGGUCGUCAUCAAUGGCCACAAACUCAGCUCUCACUUGGCAUCCGUUACACCCCAAAACCCCUCUUCCUCCCCGCCACCACCAACGCCUGCCUCUCCGCUGCGGCUAUGCCGUCACCGUCCGCGCCUUCCAGCGCAGCGACAUCGACCGCUUCGCUCGCCGGGUGACCUCCGGCGAGGCCUGGAGAGACGCGUGGCGUAGCGCCAACGAUGGGUUUGAGCAGCUGGUGUAUGAAGCUAAGAAGACCGCUGAGCGUAUCGACCGCCAGUACACCGUCUCCCGCCGCCUCAGCACCGCUACACGUGCCGCUUCUGACCGCGCGCGUGAGAUCGAUCGGGAGCUUGAGAUUAGCGUGCGGUGGAGGGCUUUUAGUAUGGAUUUUAGAAGAAAUUGGCCGAGGUACAGGAAGCAGCUAAAUGAUUUUCUGGAUACUCCAUUGGGAAGAAGUUUUGCUACAAUUUUCUUCCUCUGGUUCGCAUUAUCUGGAUGGCUGUUUCGUAUCUUGUUUUUUGCUGCAUGGGUUCUUCCACUUGCUGCACCCCUUCUCAUUGGGACUGUUGCCAAUAAUUUUGUCAUUAAGGGGUCUUGUCCAGCUUGUAACAGGCAGUUUGUUGGUUACAAGAACCAGAUAAUUCGAUGUACAAGCUGCGGAAACAUUGUAUGGCAGCCGAAAGGGGACUUCUUCUCAAGGGGUGGGAAGGGCAAGACUACUUCGAAGUCUGAUGGAGAUAUCAUCGAUGUUGAGUUUGAAGAAAAAUGAUGCUAAAGAGAUUCAACCGUUGGUCCAUCCCGCCACACGAGCUCAAACAUAGUGUAUGACAAAACAGGAGGAUAGAUGUCUACUAUCAUUCCUCAUGACAUGCAGCUUGCUUAGAUCUUAGUAUUGUCUUUGAUUUUAUAUCUGUCUGUUUUGGAAGUGCUUUUAGGAAUUCUGCUUAGCAAUACUACUAAUUGUAUAUUAUGUUUGUUAGAAAGGAACAUUGAGAAACAAUGUGACUGAAGUCCCCCCUUUGUUCAUAACAGAAAUUUUCCAUUUGGUGGGCUUCCUUCCCUUAUGGUUUAGUGCUGAAUCAAUACAAGUGAGAUUAAAUGCC